CACCAGACAGCCACAACAGCGGAGGUCGAGAUUAGGAAGUACCCCCUGAAACGGAUCUUCUGUUGCACGUCCCAAGUUAAGAGGAUGAAAAUACAUUGAUCGCUAUCGAGAAAUUAUUUUCAUUAAUUGACAGAAGCACGUUGACUAUGUCCGUGUAACUGCGUUGAUCUGUGGCAAUCCAACAUUGCCCAGCUAGCUAGAGCUAGCUAGCUCAACGUCCUUAACGCCUGCAAGACUGAAUCGUGCUGUUGACAAGAAGGGCACCCUGAACCAGUCAACAAGCGGAGGUUUGCACACUUUUUUCAACAUGAAGUUCACGCAAUUUUUGAUGAAAAGCAGCUCAAUGGUUGGUAUACAAAAAAAGGUGGAUAGAUUCUCCAAGUUUUCGCCUUCGCCACUGUCCAUGAAGCAAUUCAUAGAUUUUGGCUCCGCCAAUGCCUGUGAGAAGACGUCGUUUGUGUUUCUGCGACAGGAGCUUCCUGUGAGGCUCGCCAACAUCAUGAAGGAGAUUGACUUCCUCCCUGACAAGCUGCUAAGCACCCCAUCCUUACAGCUCCUGCUCAGCUGGUACUCCCAGAGUCUUCUGGAGCUUGUGGACUUCCUGGAGAAAGACCCUGAUGACAAAAAGAUCCUGAAAAAGUUCACCGAGACGCUGGUGAACGUGAGGAACAGGCACAACGACGUGGUUCCCACCAUGGCGCAGGGCGUGGUCGAGUACAAGGAGGCCUUUGGCGUCGACCCCGUCACCAACCAGAACGUCCAGUACUUCCUGGAUCGCUUCUACAUGAGCCGCAUCUCCACGCGCAUGCUCAUGAACCAGCACUCUCUCAUCUUCGACGGCAGUGCCAACCCUGCCCAUCCCAAACACAUCGGCAGCAUCGACCCCAACUGUGAUGUGGUGGAGGUGAUCAAAGAUGCCUAUGAGAGCUCCAAGAUGCUGUGUGAACAGUAUUAUCUGACAUCUCCUGACAUGGAGAUCAUACAAGUCAACUCCAAAGACGUGAACCAGCCUCUCCACAUUGUGUAUGUGCCCUCUCACCUGUACCACAUGCUGUUUGAGCUCUUCAAGAACGCCAUGAGAGCUACUGUAGAGACUCAUGAAACCAGUCUGACCCUACCGCCGGUUAAAGUCCGUGUUUCACUGGGCAGCGAAGACUUAACCAUCAAGAUGUCAGACAGAGGAGGAGGUGUCCCCCUGAGGAAGAUUGAGCGUCUGUUCAGCUACAUGUACUCCACCGCUCCCAGCCCAGUCCACAUUGACAACUCCCGCAACGCCCCACUGGCUGGAUUCGGCUACGGUCUCCCCAUCUCCCGUCUCUAUGCCAAGUACUUCCAGGGAGACCUACAGCUCUACUCCAUGGAGGGUUACGGAACCUCUGCCGUUAUCUACCUGAAGGCCUUGUCCACAGAGUCUGUGGAGAGACUUCCUGUCUUCAACAAGUCUGCUCUGAGGCAUUACCAGACCACCACAGAGGCAGACGACUGGUGCAUGCCCAGUAAGGAUCCCAAGAAGCUGGGCAAGUAUGAGAGGAGGAGCUAGUAAUAUACUGGACCAGUUCAGACAACAUGGAAGAGGAGGAAGAAGAGGAGGAAGAGGAUUCACUAGGUCGAGAGAUGGAAGGAUUCAUCAAUCAUACUGACAGAGGGGGUGUGGCCUGUGCCCCCUCUUUGAUUGGACUUGGCAGAGGGGGUGUGGCCUGUGCCCCCUCUGUUAUUGGACUUGGCAGAGGGGGUGUGUUCUGUGCCCCCUCUGUGAUUGGACUGGACAGAGGGAGGGUGUGGCCUGUGCCCUCAGAUUUUAGACCAGCUAAACUUUAUCAGAUUCAACCUGAACCAUGAAGCCCAAAACCCACGGCACUGAAGAUCACUAGAGUAGCUGUCAUUGCUAUAACACGUAGCAACAAGUCAUGCACAGGUUUCGUGUCAUUUAUCCAUUGAAUCACAUGGAUUCAAAUAUUUCUCACUGUCGUCGAACAUUUGUUGUACUGUGUGCUUUGGGCUUCAAAAUAUAUAUUUUUGCCUGAGAUCAGGUUUAGAGGAAGAAAAUGACCAGACGUCAGGUUUAGAGGAAGAAAAUAACUUGAGAUCAGGUUUAGAGGAAGAAAAUGACCAGAUAUCAGGUUUAAAGGAAUAAAAUAACUUGAGAUCAGGUUUAGAGGAAGAAAAUGACCAGAUAUCAGGUUUAAAGGAAUAAAAUAACCUGAGAUCAGGUUUAGAGGAAGAAAAUGACCCGAGACCAGUUCAAAUAGUUUGUCUCUGUUCUCCGUUCACUAAAGUGAAAGAGUGGGCAACACACUGAACUAAAUUUAGUAUUUAUUUAAAUCAGUAUCACAGAACACAGUGAAAAAGCUAGGGUUUUUGUUAACCUACAACAUACCUCUUUAUCAGUUAAAUCACUAGCUAAAUUCUGCUCUGGAUUAUACAAUGUUUAAUAUUUUUCACCUGAGAUGAUCCCUUGCACAUAUUUUGGGGCGAUAAAGUGACCUUAUUUUUAAGAUCAGGGAGUCAGAUGGCUGAGCGGUGAGAGAGUCGGUCCAGUAAUCCGAAGGUUGCAGGAUCGAUUCCCCGCCGUGCCAAAUGACGUUGUGUCCUUGGGCAAGGCACUUCACCCUACUUGCCUUGGGGGGAAUGUCCCUGUAUUUACUGUAAGUCGCUCUGGAUAAGAGCGUCUGCUAAAUGACUGACUGAAGAUCAACCUAUGUUGAUUCCUUAUCACUGGUCUAAGUUGAAAUUCUUUAAACUAGAUGAAAGUACAUCCACAAAUGUUUAACAUUAGAAAGGAUACCGUGAGACUCAAAUAGAUCAAAUAUCUAAAAUGUUCAAGUUAAAACCAUUUUGUAAAAUUACUAAAAGGAUUAUUAAAAAAGUUAUUUAUUGAAUGAUAUUUAGUGCCAUUGAGCAGGAUAAAGUGAGUGUUGGUGAUUUUGACACAGUUUG